CAACAGAGCAGCACGCAGCGUUUGAGCGCCGCUGGACUGACCGCAGUGGAGUUGUAGCGCUGCUCUCAGUCAAGUUAUACGUUGCGCGACCUACACCUGCAUACACACACUCUCAGUUUAUAAUAACAAACACGUGUCGUGCAGAAUGUCACCGCCGUCGCGGACGUCUUCGUUACCGUAAUGGAUUAUUUGAAUUCGAUCAAGAGCAAAGCCGGUGCGAGCCCUAACGUCUUCUUCUUUUUAGUGCAAGUGAUGUUUUUGUGGUGUUUCGUUUUUGUGUCUCGGUCGGGAUGAGUUGACUGUAAACGACCGCUGCCGGACUGGUGCCAUGUAGCGAGGUGUGAUGCCGCCGCGUCGCGAGUGAACCAUGCCACACGUCUCGUCCAGCAGUGGCGGCGAUGAUCUCUGCAGCACCGAUGAGGUUAAGGUGUUCAAGGACGAGGGUGACGGCGAGGACGAGAAGAGGUCCUCGGAGAACCUCACGGAAGAAAAGAGCAGCCUUAUCGACCUCACUGAAUCUGAGGUACUGCUAUCGAACCAUACCCACGCCACCCGCUACCAACACUUUUCUCAACAUACCACCUCCUUCCUGCUAACGGAAAAGUCUGGCGGGAAUUACACCACUAACAAAAAUGUCGCAAGAGCAGAUCACAGUCCCGUUUUUGGCAAGGUGGAGCCCGCCUCCCAUACCUCUUCCUUCAACAUGGGUUACCUCAUGUCACCAUACAGUUAUGCAAACGGAGCGGCUGGACCCAUCCAGGCCGGAAAAAUGGGUCUGGGACCGACGCAUCCGGGAGCGGCAUUACCGUUCUUUUGUCACAACGGUGACCCAUUGUCGCAACCGCCACCCGCACAUAUGGGAAUUCCACCAUACCAGUUGGACGGAAAGGCCAUGGGUGAGUUCAGCCCCGGUGACUGGAGACGACUUGGGCCGCUGCUCGCUGCCACAGGUCUUACCAGGCCACCGAUGUACCCGUUUGCGGCGGGACAGUACCCCUACCCCAUGCUUAGUCCGGAAAUGUCACAGGUGGCAGCUUCGUGGCACACGCCGAGCAUGUAUCCAUUGUCACCUGGGGCGGGCUUUAGGAGUCCUUACCCGACAACGUUACCGAUUUCGACAUCAAGCCUUCCGACAGAUUUAUACAGGUUCUCACCGACGAGUUUGAUCCCACCUCAUCCCGGUCUGUCACCGCACGGUCCGCAUCUCGGCUCGCACCCGGCGAUCGUAACACCGGGUCCUAAACAGGAACUGCCAGAUCUCAACCAUAGGUACGCGAGGGCGCAAUUAGACCAGAAGAACAACGUAAGCGACUCGAAGAACAAUCAGGACGCGAACAAUUCGGAAAAGAAGAAGCCCCACAUUAAGAAACCCCUGAACGCGUUUAUGCUGUACAUGAAGGAGAUGCGAGCGAAGGUGGUGGCCGAGUGUACCCUCAAGGAGAGCGCGGCGAUUAACCAAAUUCUGGGCAGGAGGUGGCACUCGCUGAGCCGCGAGGAGCAGGCCAAGUAUUACGAGAAGGCGCGGCAGGAGCGCCAACUGCACAUGCAGCUGUACCCGGGCUGGAGCGCGCGGGACAAUUACGGUUACGGCACCAAGAAGAAGAAACGAAAGAAAGAACGCACGACCGUAGAGUCCGGAGGUAGUAAUAUGAAGAAAUGCCGGGCGCGGUACGGUUUGGAUCAACAGAGCCAGUGGUGCAAACCUUGCAGACGCAAGAAGAAGUGUAUUCGUUAUCCUGAAUCUGGUGAUAGCAACGAUGGUAAUCAAUCAGACGACAAUCUAGGCAGCUGUGGUAGUGUAGGUGACGCCCAUACGCCUCCCGAGGAAGAUGCCAAAAGUUUAAGUCAUUCGAUGUCCAGUCCCAGCGGUUUAUCAGGUCUCAGUAGUUUAACUAGUCCGGGCGGUAUAAUUCUUCCGAGUCCCUCGACGAGUGUCGCAAGUCCUUCUGUUAGCGCGGCGAGUCCGUACAUGCUGCAGAGCCCGCUUACGCCGCACGAGGUCUUCGAAUGUAAUAAAUUACCGCCAGCACCUCCUCUUGUACAUCAGCAACCUCAUCGUAAUCCAGUGGGCACGAAUCCUCACGACGUAAACAAUCCUCUAAGUGUAAAUCAAUUGACGGGACAGUGUGUGAAAAAUAAACCGCCUGACGGAGGGGGUAAGGACCCUACCAGAUCUAUGAUUAGUGUCACGUAGCCUAUGCUAAUGGACCUUGUGACCAUUUUUUAUUAAGACAAAAGACUCGAAAUUUGGUACGGUAUUUUGUUCCCAUUUUUAUCACGGUGGAUGAACUUUUAUUAAAAUCGUGUGUGGUGAUCUCAUAGACUUACUGCUAGUACCACGCCAUCUAUUUAAAUGUAUAUGUCAUUUGCCAAAAUAGACAAGGUGUCGCAAUUAUUUUUAAAAAAAUGUUGUCACUUUUAGGGCACAAUUUGUGUUUGUUUUUAAAAUUUACUUAUAAGUACAAAGCAUCUAUUUUAACAACCGGUACAGGAUACUAUACAAAAAUCAUCGUCAGUGCAAUAAUCGGUAUUGAAUUCCAAAAUUCUGUAUCUUGUACACAUUUUAAAUUGCAUAUAGUGUGUUUUCUUCGUAUUGGUCUUUUUUAUACACGAAUAAUGGUCUAAUUUUUUAUUUCAGCAAUAAAUUGGCAACCAUGUGGUACGACAUUGAUUGUUACAUCCACAUAAUGUGCUAUUGCAAUAUUUUGUUAAAAUGUGUAAUUAGGUUGUACAUAAGAGAUGAGAAUGUUGCAUAUUGUAAAAUUUUUUUUGAGAUUGAUAUUUUAUUUGUUAUAUGUGGUUAAACUUGCGAGCCUUCGUACUCCACUUAGUUUGUUUAUACGUUUUCAAAUUGCUUUCGAACUUGGCGAAGGCAAGAUGAGAGUUGCUACAUUACUGUUGAUAGUUCUCAAAAACUACACUAAAUAGUGUUCAAUAUUUUUCUUUUAUAUUGAAGUAAACUUGUGAUACUUUUAAUUUUAGUGUUACAUUUAGAUCCCUCAGGACUUGGCAUUUAAAUAAGUUACAAAUUUUAUUUGGACAGAAACGUUGAAAUUAUAAUUUUAACGUUUAUUUCGUCUAAAUAAUUUUAAUCAUUUACAAUUAUUGUACUUCAAAUGUAUGCAAAGUAAGCUGUUACUCAAAUAACAAAAUAUCUUCAUGUGCCAUAUACCAUUUCUUUUUGUAAUCGUAAAAUAGAACAGAAUUUGAAGUAUAAUAAUUGAUAAAGUUUGCGACUGUUAGUUUUAAUGACUUUAGUUUAGUUUUGGAUACGUGCAAUGUGUACCUACUGGUUUGCAUGGGGUGUAUCCGUGGACGAGUGAUUGGUAUAUUGAUGCGUCAUAUUUUUAAACCCGUGUUUCAUUUGGCUCAUUAGUUUUUACAGAGGCAAAUUACGUUAACAAGUCCGUUCGAGUGAAGACCAUUGUUAAGUCUUUUGUCCAUUGUACAUUUUCUCACAGCAGCAUUGUAAAUGGUCUGCGUUAGUGUACCAUUAUAGAUUAAAAAUUAUAUAAAUAUAUAAAUAAAUCGACUAGAAAUAAUUAUAUAGAUGUUAAUGUCCUUGUAAGUAGCAACUGUUCGUAUCACCGUUUUAGGUUAGGUAUAUUCAAUACAAAACCUCAUUAUCUUUUA